GUUCCUCGCGACGAAGCAGGAAGCUCGACCGCUGCAAAAGCGCUGCUUCCAAGUUCCAGCAACCUGCAUGCUUUUGAGGAGCUUUGAAAAUUCAGUUCCACUGAAGGGCGGUCUAUCCACCUCGUUGGAAUGGUAGAAAGCUCGAUUGGCCACAAUUUGAGUGCCCCUUCGCUUUCUUUAUCUAAUAGCUGCCUUUUAAACCCAUUUGUGUAUCCUCCAAACUAAGUUCAGAAGGAGAGCCUUUGGCAGGAUUGUCUUGUCAUUGCUCUUGCUUCUGUUGACCAGCAAUCAUGUACUCUCAAAACCAAGUGGCUAGUGAUGCAGCAUUGGCUCGGGCGGUUCAGGAAGAAGAGUAUCGCGCCGGUCGUGCUCCCAAACCCCCUCCCCUCCGUCAGGAAUAUGCAGACCCCCCCUCGUCAGUCCCCCCUGUUCAGGAAGACACCUCUCAUUUCAAUGAAUGGAAUGUUGUAAUCCAAAACCAAGCAGACACAUUGCGGGAGCAAGUUCGCAAGGCCCAGGAGGCGAGGCAGCGGCAGACGGAUGUUGAGCUGGCGCGUGAUCUGCAGGCCGAAGAACUAGGCGUGGUUAGAAAUGACGCCGUGCAUGCUUCUGUGGAGCCGUCUGAGAGGAGAGACCUGGAGCUGGCCCAAGGCUUGCAGGCCCAGGAACUAGAGGUGGCCCAGAGCUCAGACGCUCCGGUGGACUUAAACGUUCUACAGAAACUGCGAGUUAAUACAAAUCCUCCGGCUGACCACAGCCCUAGUACAGGGAGUUCUCAGCAGGCGCACGCAAACACGGAGAUUCAAAGAGUGGGGGAGGGUUUGGAAGGGGUCUCAACCAAAAGUGAAGCUAGUUCUGUGGGGCCGGGGACGCCUGUUGCGUCAGAGGUCAUUCCCCCGGACGGGUUCUUUGAUGGGAUAAAGACGGACCCCAAGAUCGUGCCUAUCAUCUCUCCGGAGGAACUGGAGGAGUCGGCCAGUUUUAAUUCGGGAACUCCAUCAGAUGCGGAGGGUUCGCCGUUGCAUGACACUUUCACAAGAUUUGAUGGGCCAGUGGGAGCAAAGUUGCGGCACAUGAAGUCCAUACCGCAUGUGCUCAGGACCAACUCGUUUGUGCCAACCUGGGAUGAGAAGUCGUCGAGCGAAGACCACGAGCUGCUGGUCGACCGGUUGAAGGCUUACGGGCUGGCAGAGCGACACGUGGCAGGAGAUGGCAAUUGUCAGUUCCGCGCGCUGUCGGACCAGUUGUACCACACGCCAGAUAAGCACGAGCACGUCCGGAAAGCGGUGUACAAGCAGUUAAAGUAUCACCCCCAGUUCUACGAAGCCUACGUCUCUGACGAGGACUACAAGCACUACUUCAAGCGAUUGGCGACGGACGGCGAGUGGGGCGAUCACAUCACCCUCCAAGCAGCCGCCGACCGAUACGGUCUGAAGAUCAGUCUGCUGACCACCUUCAAGGACAACGGGUUCAUCCAGAUCGAGCCUCGGGAGACGAAGUCGCAAAGAGUUUUGUACCUCAGCUUCUGGGCCGACGUUCAUUACAACUCAAUCUACCCAGCGUCUGAAUUGCCGCCUCCAGGACAGCCGAAGCACCGAAACCCCGUUCAAAAGUUCCUCCACAGUGUCUUUCUUGAAUAGGCGACGGAGCCACGCGUCUCAGAUGUACCACCGCAAAUUGCGCUUCUGUACAUCAAUACAAUGAUGACCUUGGAAACGUUUAGUACUAAGUUCGUGUAAGUUGAACUAAACAUAUUGCAUGUCUGUAAUUGUUGGUGUAAAGAAGCGAGAAGUCUGCUGCAAGCAGGUGAAUGAUACGGCCUCAUGAGAGGAGUCUAGGUAGUUGCCUGUCCAUUUGGUUGAAAGACCCAAUUGCACUGAGACUGUUCAGUUCGAUGCAUUGAAUUGUACGGUUAUAACGUCAGAAUCAUAU